UAAAAAUUGGGUCAUUUGUUGGUUUUGUUGCUGGUGGCAUAGCUGCUCGCGUAAAAAAAUUUAGGCCUGGUGCAACGAUAUUAACAUGUUUUGUAACUAUGCUGAUUGGGUCUACUAUUGGAAGUGUCAAUGGAAUGGUUGUAGGUUAUAGAACUAUACAAACAUUACCAAAUAAACAGAAUGUUUAUACAAUAAUAAGAGAUUUACACAAGAUCAAAUUAGAAAAGGAAAAGACAGAUCAAGCUACUAAUGAUGGAAGUUAUGCUGAAAUUGAAAAUAAUGAUUGGAAUAAAACUGAGUCCAUGAAUUCAAAACCGCUAUCUUCAUGGGAUAGAAUUCAUGAAAAGAUUAAAUUAGAACAACAGAAAGCAAAACAUAAACAGAAUAUAAAUAAUAAUACAAUGGAAAAUCUUAAUAAUGAUAACUUAUUUUCAAGUUUUCAAAAAUCAUAUACAUACAAAGAUGAUAAUAACAAUAAUGAUUAUGAUUAUGAUAGUAAUGAUAAUGUGAAAAAAAAUCAUUAUUAUUUUUCAAGAACAACCAAAGAAUUUAAUAAAACUGGAAAUAAAAAUAUCAAAAGGAAUGAAUACGGUGACAUUAUAUAA